AUGGACAAGAACGCAACUGUUGAAAUGUCAUCAACGAUUUUUCAUUCAACGUCUAUAGUUCCUUUUAUGUCGGAUAAAAAUUUUUCACUAUUACUUCCUAUAAUUAUUUAUUGGAUAUAUUCCGGACUGUACCACUUAAUUUCGAUAUUUAAAAUUCCAUUCUUUGAAAAAUACCGAAUUCGUUCUACCGAAGCAGAAAAACUGAAUAAGGUUACCAUGAGUGAAGUACUUAAAUCCGUCAUAUUACAACAAAUCAUACAAACGGUAUUGGGUUUAAUAGUAUUGAUUACAGAAGACGAAGACGUGUUACUUGACGAUACAGUUGAAAUGCAACACAUUAGUCAAACAUUAAAAACAUUUUCUACGAAAUAUAAUGCAUGGCAAAUAAUCGAACCUUAUCAAGACAUUAUCACGGAAACAAUUUAUUGGUAUAUUAUACCAGUUGCGAGAUUUUUAUUAGCGAUAUUCUUUCAUCAAAACAAAUUUCUUUAUCGACAUAUACACUCGUUACAUCAUCGAUUAUAUGUACCUUAUGCAUUUGGUGCGCUUUAUAAUCACCCAAUUGAAGGACUUUUAUUUGAUUCUCUUGGUGCUUGUUUAGCAUUUAAUUUUUCAGGAAUGACGAUUAGAGGUGGAGUGGUAUUUUUUGCAUUUUCAUCCUUAAAGACAGUUGAUGAUCAUAGUGGUUAUAAGUUUCCAUUUAAUCCUAUUCAAAGAAUAUUUGGAAAUAAUACUGCCUAUCAUGAUAUUCAUCAUCAACCUCACGGAAUGAAGGUAAAUUUUUCUCAGCCAUUUUUCACAUUUUGGGAUCGUGUGCUUGGAACUUAUGUGCCUAUAGAUCAAAAUCAUCAAAAUCAUCAAAAUCAUAUAAAGAUAGUAAAGGAAAAUACUAUCAAUGAUAUUUCCAAUGAUAUUUCCAAUGAUAUUUCCAAUGAUAUUUCCAAUGAUAUCUCUAAUGAUAUUUUUAGUAUUGAUAACAAUAAUCAAGCUUUUAAAAAGGAGGAAAUUGUUAAUCCCGAAGUUUUGUCCCCUGGAAGAUAUAAUUUAAGAUCAAGAGAAAAUUUAUCUUAA